AUGCAGACGUGUUUCAGAGGAGGGGAACGUCUUUUCCACCUUGUACAAGUGGACGCUAGGUUGUGCUCUGAUGGACAGACUUGUGUUGAACAAGACAAGCUGGGUCAAGCAUUUGAAGAUGCUUUUGAGGUACUGAGGCAACAUUCAGCUGGAGAUCUUCAGUACUCUCCAGAUUACAAAAAUUACCUGGCUUUCAUCAACCAUUGUCCUCAUGUCAGAGGAAAUUCCAGCUGCUGUGGGGUGUUGCCUACAGAGGAACCUGUCUAUAAUUGGAGGACCGUAAUCAACAGUGCUGCAGACUUCUACUUUGAGGGGAAUAUUCAUCCAUCUCUGCAGAACAUAACUGAAAACCAGCUGGUACAACCUGCUGUUCUCCAGCAAAAGGGAGGAAAAGGCAGGAAGAAGCUCCGACUGUUUGAAUAUCUUCACGAAUCCCUGUGUAAUCCUGAGAUGGCAUCUUGCAUUCAGUGGGUCGAUAGAACCAAAGGCAUCUUUCAGUUUGUAUCAAAAAACAAAGAAAAACUUGCUGAACUUUGGGGCAAAAGAAAAGGCAACCGGAAGAUCAUGACUUACCAGAAAAUGGCCAGGGCACUGAGGAAUUAUGGAAGAACUGGAGAAAUCAUCAAAAUCCGGAGAAAGCUAACUUACCAAUUCAGUGAAGCCGUUCUCCAAAGACUCUCUCCAUCUUAUUUCUUGGGGAAAGAAAUCUACUCACAGUAUGCUCAACCUGAUCAAGAGUAUCUCAGUUUAAAUAAUUGGAAUGCAAAUUACAAUUAUACAUAUGCUAAUUACCAUGAGCUAAGUCACCCUGGUUGCUAA